AUGCAGUCGUGGAGAGGCAAGUCCCUCUGGCUGGCACUCUCGGCCUCUUGGCUCCUCGUCCUCCUGAGAGUCUUCCCCCUUCUCCGCCUGGCGGUGCCUGCCAGACCUUGGGCAAGUGCCCCCCAAGGCUGGCCCCACUGGCUGGAUACAGAGCUCCUGCCGAGUUUCUCCCAGCCUGGGGAACUCCCAGAAGAUGCCCCUCAACCUCCUCAAGCACCCCGUGGUGGCGGCUGCGACUGGGGGGCUUGCUUUGACGCCUCGAAGUGCAGGACUGGUGGUCUCAAGGUAUUCGUGCACCCGGUGGCUGGACCCAUCUCUGCCGCUCACCGCAAGAUCCUGGCGUCCAUUGAGAGCUCCCGCUACCACACGGCCAGCCCUGAGGAGGCCUGCCUCCUCCUCUUCCUCAGCCUGGAAGUCCCAGCUGGAGAGUGCAGCCCAGUGCCCCAGCAAUGGAAUGGGGGAAGGAACCAUCUGGUCCUCGAUCUCCACCCAGCCCCCUGCCCCCAGACCUUCCAGCUGGGACGGGCGAUGGUGGCCAAGGCCAGCCCCACAGCGGACACCUUCCGGCCUGGCUUUGACGUGGCCCUCCCGCUUCUCCCUGAAGCCCACCCAUUGCGAGGUGGGGCACCUGGCCAGCUGCGACAGCACAGCCCCCACCCCGGGGUGCCCCUGCUAGCCCUGGCAGAGGAGAGGGGCAGGUGGCGCACAGCAGGCACUGACCCCUCUGCCUGUCCCUGGGAUGGGCGCUGUGAGCAGGACCGUGGACCCGAGCAGACCCACCCUGGGGGAACGCUACCCAAUGCCACCUUCUGCCUCAUCCCCAGCCACCGUCCUGAUGCCUUGCACUUCCUUCAAGCCCUGCAGGCUGGCUGCAUCCCUGUGCUUCUCAGCCCUCGGUGGGAGCUGCCCUUCUCCGAGGUCAUCGAUUGGACCAAGGCGGCCAUUGUAGCUGAUGAGAGACUCCCAUUUCAGGUCCUCGCUGCCCUCCAGGAGAUGCCCCUCACGCGGGUCCUUGCCCUGCGUCAGCAGACCCAGUUUCUAUGGGAUGCCUACUUCUCCUCGGUGGAGAAGGUCAUGCAUACCACCCUGGAGAUUAUUCAGGACCGGAUCUUUGGAGCAUCUGCUCACGCCUCGCUACUGUGGAACAGCCCCCCGGGUGCACUCCUGGCCUUGCCCACUUUUUCCACAAGCCCCUCGGACUUCCCCUUCUACCACCUACAACGGGGCUCGCGCCCUGUGGGCAGGUUCAGCGCCCUGAUCUGGGUGGGGGCCCCAGGUCAGCCCCCUCUGAAGCUCAUCCAGGCGGUGGCAGGCUCCCAGAACUGUGCCCAGAUCUUGGUUCUCUGGAGCAGUGAGAAACCACCCCCAUCCAGGUGGCCUGAGACACCAGUGCCCUUGACAGUCAUGGAUGGGCAGAGGAAGGUCAGUGACCGCUUCUUCCCGCACAGAGCCAUCAGCACGGAUGCCAUCCUCAGCCUCGAUGGGCACAGCAGUGUUACCACAAGUGAGGUGGACUUUGCUUUUCUGGUAUGGCAGAGCUUCCCCGAGCGGAUGGUGGGCUUUCUGACGUGGAACCACUUCUGGGAUGAGGCCCAGGGUGGCUGGGGCUACACUGCUGAGAGGGCCAAUGAGUUCUCCAUGGUUCUCACGUCAGCUGCCUUCUACCACAGGUAUUACCACACCCUCUUCACCCACUCCCUGCCCAAGGCUCUGAGAACCCUGGCCGAUGAAGCACCCACCUGUGUGGACAUCCUGAUGAACUUCCUGGUAGCAGCAGUCACCAAGCUGCCCCCUAUCAAGGUGCCCUAUGGGAAGCAGCAUCUUGAGGCCACACCUCCACUGGUGCCUGGGGGUCCGGAGCCACAGCCGACAGCCCGAGACUGCAUCAACCAGAUGGCUGCGGGUUUCGGCUACAUGCCCCUGGUUUCCUCUCGCCUGCGUCUGGACCCAGUGCUUUUCAAGGACCCGGUGUCCGUGCUGCGCAAGAAGUAUCGCAGCCUGGAGAAGCCCUAGGAGCGGUCAGAGGAGCCCCCAGCCCUGCUCCCACCGGGCGCCGCACCUGCUCAGGGCGGGGGAGGCGGUGCAUCAGCUCCCUCCCUUGGAACAACUGGAGACCCAAUCAAGGCAGCCAGUUAGCUAACACGUCAGAUCUCUCUUGGCCAAUCACAGCCCUAGCGUCCCAAGGCGCGGGGCCCCGCCCCACCCUCCAGCCCGGCUGCGAGUGGCAGGCCCCAGGGGCAAGGCGCUUGCCCUGCUGCGGCGCCUCUGCCAUCGCUGACCCCUUGCCUGGAAUGCCUUUCUCGGCUUCUGCGGAACUGACUUCUACUUGUCUUUCAGAUCUUCGCCUUCUCCAUGGAUUUGACUGACCCCCAUCCCUGACCCGGAUCCUCUGAGCUUUCACAGCCGGGUGUUUCCCACACUGUUCGCGCGGCUUUGCAAGGUACACGGUCAGGCCCCAGGACUAGCCUGGGAGCCCCGGCCAUGUCCUCUUCUCUCUGGCUUGGCAAGUGUUACACCAAUAUUUGACGAACAGAUAAAAGAGACAUCAACUGCG